AAUCUGAUGAAGAUUUUCGCUUCUCUUCUCGUGUCUCUCCCAGUUCUCAUCACUCUCUCUCUUGUUCUUCGCGGCGACCCACCUGCCGAUCGGAUCAAGGGUUUCGCAGACGCAAGGGUUUUGGAAACGCCUUCGUCUCUGGUUACCACCUCUUCGAAUAUUGAAGUUUUCCUAAGACCAGCAGCUCCUGUCUCAAAUAUCACCUCGUCGAAUUCAGCAGAAAAUGUUUUACCUGAGAUUGAAUUACCUACCCAAAUGCCGAAAGAAGACAAACUAUAUGGCGGACUCCUUGCACCUGGGUUUGAUGAAGGGGCUUGUUUCAGCAGGUACCAAUCAAGUUUCUACCGCAAAAUCUCAACUCACAAACCAUCUUCUUAUCUGCUCUCUAGACUCAGAAGUUAUGAACAACUUCAUAAACGAUGUGGGCCGAAUACCAAACCCUACAGCGCAUCACUGAAACAGCUCAAAAAGAAGUCUAAUGGUCAGAGCACUAGUGCAUCCCAUGAGUGCAAGUAUGUGGUAUGGAUAGCUAAUAGUGGAUUGGGAAACAGAAUACUGAGUAUAACUGCAGCUUUCGUCUAUGCUCUGCUCACAAACAGAGUUCUCCUACUGGACCCUGGAAAGGACUUGCCUGACCUCUUCUGCGAGCCGUUUCCAGAUACAUCAUGGCUACUCUCCAGUCACUUCCCCAUUAAAAGCCAUUUUGACAAGUUCGAUCAGACUUCUCCUCGUUGUUACGGGAACAUGUUGAAAAAGACUAGUAAUUCAUCCGAGUUGUCGUUACCGUCUUCGUAUGUGUAUCUCCAUCUAGGCCAUGAUUAUGAUGAUCAAGACAAGUUGUUUUUCUGUGAUGAAGAGCAGAGUCAUCUAGGGAAAGUAGACUGGUUGGUUAUGAAAACCGAUAACUACUUUGUCCCUUCACUUUUCUUGAUGCCAACUUUCGAGCAAGAACUUAACAAGUUGUUCCCUGAAAGAGAAACUGUUUUCCAUCACUUGGGUAGGUACCUCUUUCAUCCGUCUAAUCAUGUAUGGGGGUUGAUCACAAGGUAUUACCAUGCUUAUUUGGCAAAGGCAGACGAGAGGGUUGGGAUUCAAGUCAGAACUUUCGAACCGGCUGGGCCUGGUCCUUUUAAGCAUGUCAUGGAUCAAAUUUUAGCCUGUGUUUUCACUGAGAAAUUGUUGCCUCGAGUAGAUGAGCAGAAUGAGCCUAUUGUCGACAUUUUAUCGUCAGGCACCCCGAAAAUGAAAUCGGUACUGAUCACUUCUUUAAAACCAGAUUACUCUGAGAAUUUAAGGACUAUGUACUGGGAACAUCCAGCUGUGACUGGAGACUUAAUUGGGGUGUUCCAACCAAGCCAUGAAGGAGAGCAAAGGACAGAUAAUAAACUGCAUGACAGAAAAGCCUUGGCAGAAGAAAUGUUUCUACUAAGUUUCUCUGAUGUGUUGGUCACAAGUGCAUGGUCAACAUUUGGCUAUGUGGCUCAAGGUCUUGGAGGUCUGAAACCAUGGAUUCUCUUCAAGCCGGAAAACCAAACGGUCCCGAAUCCACCUUGUCGUCGACUCCAAUCGAUGGAGCCUUGUUUUCACGCUCCGCCACUGUGGGACUGCAAGGAGAAAAGAGGAACUGAUACAGGUGCAAUAUUACCACAUGUAAGGCAUUGUGAGGAUAUCAGCUGGGGCCUUCAGCUUAUUGAUAUUCACGAGUCAUGA